ACGCUGAGUGAGAAAAAGAUGUCCUGUACGAUAAAGAUUGAUUGGUUUGAAUACCGAAAGGGGUCUCCCACUUGUUAAUGACCCAGAAACAUUCCUGCCGACUUUCCUGAGCCUUCUCUCUUUUCCUCCAUUUUUCUUCCCUGUUCUGUUCAUGAACUGGCACAUCACUACAUAGACCAGAAGAUAUGCUGGGCUUCUGAUGAUGGCUGCACUGCAUGCAGCAGCGUGCAGGGUCAAAGACAGCCGGCUUCCCAUGUCAGUGGUCUAGGAUGGCCAGUGAAGCCACCAACAUCCCAAGUCCUGUGGUGCGCCAGAUUGACAAGCAGUUUCUGAUUUGCAGUAUAUGCCUGGAACGGUACAAGAAUCCCAAGGUUCUCCCCUGUCUGCACACUUUCUGCGAAAGGUGCCUGCAGAACUACAUUCCCGCCCACAGUCUAACCCUCUCCUGCCCAGUGUGCCGCCAGACCUCCAUCCUGCCCGAGAAGGGGGUGGCCGCGCUCCAGAACAACUUCUUCAUCACGAACCUGAUGGACGUGCUGCAGCGAACUCCCGGCAGCAACGUUGAGGAAUCCUCCAUCCUGGAGACGGUCACCGCUGUGGCUGCGGGAAAGCCUCUCUCUUGCCCAAACCACGAUGGAAAUGUGAUGGACUUUUACUGCCAGUCUUGCGAGACCGCCAUGUGUCGGGAGUGCACCGAGGGGGAGCACGCAGAGCACCCCACAGUCCCCCUCAAGGAUGUGGUGGAGCAGCACAAGGCCUCACUCCAGGUCCAGCUGGACGCCGUCAACAAAAGGCUCCCAGAAAUAGACUCUGCCCUUCAGUUCAUCUCAGAAAUCAUUCAUCAGCUAACCAACCAAAAGGCCAGCAUUGUGGAUGACAUCCAUUCUACCUUUGAUGAGCUCCAGAAGACUUUAAACGUGCGCAAGAGCGUGCUGCUUAUGGAACUGGAAGUCAAUUAUGGCCUGAAACAUAAAGUCCUUCAGUCGCAGCUAGAUACCCUGCUCGAGGGGCAGGAGAGUAUAAAGAGCUGCAGCAACUUCACCGCGCAGGCCCUGAACCAUGGCACGGAGACGGAGGUGCUGCUCGUCAAGAAGCAGAUGAGCGAGAAGCUGAACGAACUGGCCGACCAGGAUUUCCCGCUGCACCCGCGUGAAAACGAUCAGCUGGAUUUCAUCGUGGAGACCGAAGGGCUCAAGAAGUCCAUCCACAACCUCGGGACGAUCUUAACCACCAACGCCGUCGCCUCCGAGACGGUGGCCACGGGCGAGGGGCUGCGGCAGACCAUCAUUGGGCAGCCCAUGUCCGUUACCAUAACGACCAAGGACAAAGACGGGGAGCUGUGCAAGACCGGCAACGCCUACAUCACGGCGGAGCUGAGCACGCCCGACGGCAGCGUGGCGGACGGAGAAAUACUCGACAACAAAAACGGCACGUACGAGUUUUUGUACACUGUCCAGAAGGAAGGGGACUUCACCCUCUCUCUGCGACUCUACGACCAGCACAUCCGAGGCAGCCCGUUCAAGCUGAAGGUGAUCCGGUCGGCCGACGUGUCUCCCACCACCGAGGGCGUGAAGAGGCGCGUGAAGUCCCCGGGAAGCGGCCAUGUCAAGCAGAAGGCGGUGAAGAGACCCGCGAGCAUGUACAGCACUGGGAAACGGAAAGAGAAUCCCAUCGAAGACGAUUUGAUCUUUCGAGUGGGUACCAAAGGAAGAAAUAAAGGAGAAUUUACAAAUCUUCAAGGCGUAGCUGCAUCUACAAAUGGAAAGAUAUUAAUUGCAGAUAGCAACAACCAGUGCGUACAGAUAUUUUCCAAUGACGGCCAGUUCAAAAGUCGGUUCGGCAUACGGGGGCGCUCUCCCGGGCAGCUGCAGCGGCCCACAGGCGUAGCCGUGCAUCCCAGUGGGGACAUAAUCAUCGCCGACUAUGAUAAUAAGUGGGUUAGCAUUUUCUCUUCUGAUGGCAAGUUUAAGACAAAAAUCGGAUCAGGAAAGUUGAUGGGGCCCAAAGGAGUCUCCGUGGACCGCAAUGGGCACAUCAUUGUGGUGGAUAACAAGGCGUGCUGCGUGUUCAUUUUCCAGCCAAAUGGGAAAAUCGUCACCAGGUUUGGCAGCCGAGGAAACGGGGACAGGCAGUUUGCAGGUCCCCAUUUUGCAGCUGUAAAUAGCAAUAAUGAGAUUAUUGUUACAGAUUUCCAUAAUCAUUCUGUCAAGGUGUUUAACCAGGAGGGAGAAUUCAUGUUGAAGUUUGGCUCAAAUGGAGAAGGAAAUGGGCAGUUUAAUGCUCCAACAGGUGUGGCAGUAGAUUCCAAUGGAAACAUCAUUGUAGCCGACUGGGGAAACAGCAGGAUCCAGGUUUUUGAUGGAAGUGGAUCAUUUUUGUCCUACAUUAAUACAUCUGCUGACCCGCUGUACGGCCCCCAAGGCCUGGCCCUGACUUCAGACGGUCAUGUUGUGGUUGCAGACUCUGGAAACCACUGUUUCAAGGUCUACCGGUACUUACAGUAGUGGGGGGCAGCUGGACCCCCUCUCCCAAAGGUCUUGCACUAUAAACUGGAAUGGAUUUCUCGACGCGGGACCAGAUUACACUAGACUUUUCAUGCUAGAAGGAAUCAUUGGUGAACUUUCCAAGGUGAUUUCUGAAUGUAACAAUUUCCUUAAAACCUGCAUAUCUGAUUUCUGUAGUUCGCCUUUAGGGUUUGAAGAAAGAUAUCCCUUCUACUGAAUCUAUGGAAACUGCAGCAUUUCACACCUGUGAACUAUGGCUUCUAGGACAGGGAUUUGUGUAGUUGAACUGAUUUUGCAAAUCAAACAAGCACUAAAAAGAAACCUAGGAUAUUCAAAGGUGUUUGUUAAUCCCGUGAAUGGUAGCUUUUGUGCAAAGCCUCCAAAAACAAAACGAAAUGAAACAAAACAAAACCACAAUCUGUUGUACUUUAUUUCACUUCGAUUACAAGACCCGGGGGAUCUUCUAACCUCACUCUUACAGUCGGUAUUAACUCAUGCAACAUUUUUUGGUUAUCAAUAACUACAUGUAAAUUAGGAGAACAUAAGACUGUCUUGCAAAACCCUCCCAGGUGUGAUGAGACCUCGUGAGUUUAGUGCUUAAAAACCACCACACAUGUACCAGCCAUUCUGGGUUAGAUCAAAGAUCCUUUUUGUAUGUUUUGCUCACCUUUUCCUGCUCUCCUUGUAUCAAAAAACAGAGUCCAUUUUCAGGGAAACCUGAAGUUUGAAAAGCAUAUUACAAUUGCAAUGUCACCUUUUGGUAAACAAACGCCCUCCCCCGCUCCCCAACUCCAGUUAGUGCACUGGCAUGAAAUCAAGAAAAAGUCAGUCACAUUUUAUGUGCCAUGUUCUCACAUGUCUCUCCUCUUCAACUUCAUGAAAGCGAAAGCUUUACCUCCUGCAAAAUGUCAGCACAUGUAGUAGGACACCAGUGUCCUAGGACAGAGAGCCAUAAGUAGCCCUUUGGAGGACAGAUGGUGUCAACCAAAGGCAUGUGAUUGAUUAAUGGUUUCCCCUUAGAAAGCAAGUGUUACCAAAGUCGUGUUAUUUCGAACGCAUUACAGGUAAGGGCAUGUUAUGGUUAUUUAUCAUUGUCUAAUGAAUAGUAGAGGCAUUAAAGGACUAUGUAUACAUGAUUAGGGUAAGGUAGAAUGUAUCAUAUAUAUAUAUAUAUAGCUGAAUCUUUGGUGUAUUGAAAUAGGCAGCACUCGGAAAGACAGAAGCAUCGUCCAGCACAUCCCUUUACUGCGCAGUUUAAAGCCGUCCCCAGAGCAAGCCCUAAAACAGGUUUCAUUUCACCAUUUUCCAGGAAUGAUGGUAUUGGCUGACUUUUAGUCAGAAAAUGGCCUUCUGUGCUUUCAAAAACAACAGAACGAAAACAGGUUGAAGGAAAAAGAACCGUUGAACUUGAGUUACUUUUAAUUUAAGCCAAGUAUAAAUGGGUUUUGAGAAAUGCAAAGAAAAUUUAGCCAAUUAUUAAUCUGUCAUUGAUACUGUAAGCUAAGACGUGGUCUAUUCCCACUGUUUAAUUUUCUACUCAGUUCUACCAAAUAGGAUGUCAUGUUUGGCAUCUUUGAUAAUGACUUUGGGAUAUUUUUCACUGAAAGCACCUUAGAACUGUACUAUAAGAAAACAUUUCCCAUAUGUGUGAUUAUAUGUGAUGUUUAUUACUUAUUAAUUUAUAACCCAGUCAUUCUCUAAUGUAUAGGACUUUUUUUAAUUUAGAAAGGAAAUCUAGCUUCUUCCAAUUAUAUAUCAAGUUUGUUAUGCCCAGCUCAACCUCCGAAAAAAUGUUUUCAGGAAGAUUUACAUUUAGGUUUAGAAUUUCUUUUUUCCUUUUUCUUAAUUAGGUAGAGUUUUCAAAAUAUUUGAGACUGUGAUAACGUUAAAAUUCAAUAACAUUUUUAGGAUGUUAAAUAAGAUACUGUUUCCUAACAUCAGCAAACUAAGUCUUUGAAUUUCAACAUUCAUGUUUAAUGAGUGCUUACUAGGUGCCAGGCACUAUUCUAGGCACGGGGGAUACAGCAAUAGACGGAAGAGACAAAAAUCCCUCCAUACUUGGAGCUUACAUCUAGGGAAGGGAUUUCAUUUUGCCAUUUACUGACCUUCUGCAUAAAAGAUAAGCUAGACCCUUGAUAGGUCCUAGACUGUUUAAAAGAAAACCUUUUAAAUUGGUUAAAAUAAUUUUUGUUUGUUUUCACAAGUAAAAAUGGCUUCCUGUUUAGAUUCUGUCACAAACUCUUGGUCUUAAGACUAGUUUACUUAAAAGAGUUUUUUGCACAACAUUGAAAUUAUCUUUGUGAAUUUAGAGAUUAACUAGAUGCCCUACCAUAACAGACUGGGUAUCUCAAUAAUAGAUUGAAUACAAGGCUUUUUUUUUUUUAAUCUGUCAAUAUUGGCACAAACUGGAAUGGCAGAUUAGAUCAUUUGAUUCAGACCUGUUCCACUAUCUGAUACUAAAACGCAUGCUGUGGGCACUCUAAAAAUCACUGUAAUUUCCCCGCAAAAUAUGUAAUUAUGUAUGUUAAAGUAUAGAUAACGUUUCACAUUUGGAUACAUCGGAGCAUUUACUAUAUUUCUUAGUGAGCAUCUUUGAGGAGGGAAAGUGCUGCUGACGAGAUAGAGUAGACAAGGUUUAAAUGAAAUUUUGUCACGUUCUAUGGAAAAUGGUUUCUGGUAAACUGAGAAGGAUAUUAAAAUAAGUGAUUUUUCCCCCCUGAGCUAUCAUUAUUGUUUGAUUUCUCUUUGUCAAGUGUACAGAACCUGUCAUACGUUCAUGAUAAGUAGCACUGAGAAAUUACCAUUCAGAUGUCCCCUGGGCACUUAUGGCAGAAUGUUGCCAGUUUGAAUGUAAAGGUCAGUGACAAUGCAUUCCCUCUAAAACAGACCUUCUCUGCUGGACUUGGGGGACGCGGUGACUUGACCAUCCAGAAACACAUGAAUAAAAAGCCUUUAUGACUGUUCACCAUUGUUUAAAUGGUACUUAGUAUCUUGAUUAAACUUUAGUCUCCAGUAACUAAACAAAUCCCCAGGUUUCCUUAUUUUAAUUUACUCUUUGACUAGAUUUGAGGUCCAUGCAACUAGAACACAUUUGCUUCUACUACUAAAUAUACAGGGUAUGUCCUCACUUGAAGAUGGCUGGAAUAGCAGUACACUAGCAAGUGUCUAUGGAUCCCUAACCCUGAAGGAUUCACAUCAAUGCUUUCCUAAUACCUACGGAGUUAAUUGGAGGAAACAGCAAAUAAACAUUAGGUAAUGUGCAGAUUACUUCAAAAGGGAAAAAUCUUUUUGUACAUUUGGACUCUAUAGUAUCCUCCCUAUUCACCAGCUUCUGGAAAAGGAGGAAUAUUUUUAGUUUACUAAUUUGAAAACAAGACAUUUCCAGGUAGGAUAAAAUUGAAGCUGUUUGCUGAGAACAUCAUUGCUUAAAAUUGAAAGUCGUAAUAUUGUUGCAUUCUGUAAAUGUUGCAGGGUUUUAAACUUUACAAUUAUUUUAAUAUUUUUGAUAACUAGGAAUCUAGUAUUGCCAUAAAGGAAACUAAGUGCCCAUUAAAGAUUUGUUUGGUAUAAAUAAAUGAUUUUUUUGUUUUGUUUUAAAUGGCAGUAAGCUACAAAUCAUGAUGUUAAUCUUAAACUUUCUGAAGAUGAACUGUGUGGCAGUGAUUGUGUGGUCUGUUUGUGGAGAAUGUAUGAAAGCUAUUAAUAUUCUAAAAUAGAUUAAUAAAUUGGCUAUGUUGUCCCAAUGAAUGUACAGCACGUCCACUAACUUUCAAAAGCAACACAGCCUUAAACUCAAUGCUUUCGCUUUAUGACAUGAGAAUGUUCUGUCAUCAACAGAGCGCAUUCUUGUAAUAGAAUUCUUUAUGUCAUUUUCACUUCUUAUAGCCUUUCAGUCCUCUGUAUGAGUAUGAAGGGUUUCUGCUUCCUUGGUUUCUUUUUAAAUUUUGUACAUUCCAUCUUUAUAGGUCUGUUUCAUACGUUUUGUGUAUAGAACACUAAGUCUUGAGCACUCUGACAUUGAUACUGAUAUAUUCUCAUUUGUUCCUUUAUGAAUCGAAAUGCUGACUGCCUAUUUAAAGAAAAGAAUGAACGCUGUGCAUCAAAGUGUUUGUAUGUUCGUAGCUACAUAUGUACCACAGUAUUUUGGAUGCUUUAGUCUACAAUAAAACUUUAAAUUAAUUCUGUCUUGAAACAUAGGAGAAACAAGAUUUAUGUGUAUACCUUUACCAUGAACAAAAUCUCAAAUCAUUAUAAUAAAGCUUGUUUUCUCCAUU